GGCUCCUCUCCCAGAGGUCCUCGCUGGAGACGCUGGAAGACAUUGAGGAGAACGCCCCCCUGCGGAGAUGUCGAACUCUCUCCGGUUCGCCCAGACCAAAGAACUUGAAGAAGAUCCAUUUCAUCAAGAACAUGCGGCAACACGACACGAGGAACGGCAGAAUCGUCCUCCUCAGUGGCAGGCGAUCCUUCUGCAGCGUGUUCUCAGUGCUGCCGUAUCGGGACAGCGCCCAGGCCGGGGACUUGAAGUCGGACGGAGGGAGACAGUCAGCAGGUGCCGUGAGCCUGAAAGAGGUCAUUGGCCUGGAAGGCGUGGAGCUGGGCGCUGACGGGAAGACGGUGUCGUACACCCAGUUCCUGUGGCCCACAAACGCCUUGGGAGCCCGGAGGGGCACCAUCGACUCCACCUCCUCCUUCUCCCACUUCCGCACCCUGAGCCACCGCAGCCUCUCCAUAGGGCGGGCCAGCAGCACCCAGGGGAGCCUCGACACAGGCAGCGACCUGGGAGACUUUGUGGACUACGACCCGAACCUCCUGGACGACCCCCAGUGGCCUUGUGGGAAGCACAAGCGGGUCCUCAUCUUCCCUUCGUACAUGGUGAGUAUCGUGGAGGCGGCAGGCAGGCCUUCCCUUGGCUGCGCUGCCCGGAACGGGGCCCCUUCAGACCCUGCUCAGCCUGGAGACCCUCCAGGUGCCGUGCUGACGGGAGACCAGAACGUGGCCG